GGGAGCCUGUGCCUCUUGUAGACCAGGAGCCAUGCCGCGCCGGGGCCUGGUAGCCGGGCCAGACUUUGAUAAUUUUCAGCGUCGGUAUUUCACGCCGUCAGAAGUAGCGGAACACAACCAGCCCGACGACCUAUGGGUGUCUUACCUGGGAUUUGUUUACAAUCUAACACCGCUUGUCCAGGAAUUCAAAGGGGAUCUACUGUUGAAACCCAUCCUGGAGGUUGCAGGCCAGGACAUUAGUCACUGGUUUGAUCCAAAGACUAGAGACAUUCGCAAGCAUAUAGAUCCACUGACUGGUUGCAUGAGAUACCAUACCCCGCGGGGCCGCUUCGUGCAUAUCCCGCCGCCUCUGCCCCGUUCGGACUGGGCCAAUGAUUUCGGAGUCCCCUGGUGGAAGGCGGCAAAUUACCAGGUGGGACNACUGUCUGCUCGGACCCGGAACAUCCGUAUUAUUAACACUCUUACAACGCAGGAGCACACACUGCAGGUGGGGGCUCUGGAGUCAAUGUGGGAAAUCCUACAUCGCUAUCUCCCCUAUAAUGCACAUGCUGCCAGCUACACAUGGAAAUAUGAUGGGAAGAAUUUGAACAUGGAUCAAACCCUGGAGGAAAACGGGAUCCGGGAUGAGGAAGAAGAGUUUGACUAUCUUAACAUGGAUGGUAAACUCCACACACCNGCGGUACUGCUCUACUUCAAUGAUGACCUCACAGAGCUCUAGGAAAGGAGAUGUGCAUGUAGACUCGAGAUGUUGGAGUUUGCCUCUUUCUAUGCCUCGAGGGAAAGAGGUGUGGGUCUGUGGGGCCUGGCCUACGCCUCUGCUCCCUUCUGGGAAUCAGCCCGUGGUUCUUGNCCUUUCUGACAUGCAAGGGCCUUAUCCCUGGCUCCUUUGUCCAUGGGUGGUUUGCUCAAAGAGUAUUUAGAGGGGCCUAAUAGAAAGAAUCGAUGUAAGAGAGCUGGAGUUUCUCAGGAGUGUGAGGAGGAAGCAAGGCUCGGGCAAG